AUGGAGCUGGAAUUCACGGUCACUGUAACUUUGAUUGUAUUAAUGGUGUUAGUUACACCUGGUGGAGCCGAUCGCGAAAACGUACAGGUUCUGAGUGCCAACGGUUACGUGAAUGGUUUUUCCAUACCUUCGCAUUACUCAGCUUAUGACAGAAAAAGAAUCAAUGUAUUUUUGGGGAUACCCUACGCCAAAAGACUGGAACAAUACGAUGAUUGGAGGCGGGAGUUCAGAUUCCGUAAACCAGAACAUCCCUACUGGCAAGGAGUUUGGGAUGCGACAUACUAUCGCCCUGCCUGUCCUCAGCACAUGUGGUAUAUCCGCCAAACUGUACCAUCCCUGCAGAAACAUAAUGUCAGCGAGGACUGUUUAUACCUAAAUAUAUUUGCUCCAAAUAACACAGAUGAGCCAAUCAGUAACAGCCCAAGUCUGUACCCUGUCAUGGUGUUUAUACAUGGAGGAGGUUACACACUGGGCAGUUCUCACCAGUACCCAGGGGUCUUCCUUGCUGAGAGGGGUAUUGUCGUGGUAACAAUCAACUAUCGACUAGGCCCACUUGGGUUCCUCAGCACCAAUGAUCAGAAUUCUGCAGGAAAUUAUGGGAUGUUUGAUCAAGUGCGGGCUCUAGAGUGGAUCAGGUUGAACAUUGACCGUUUCCGUGGCAACCCAAAUGUUGUCACUUUAUUUGGUCAGAGCACUGGAGCUGCAAGUGUAGGUCUGCACCUGUUAUCACCACGAUCUGACAAACUAUUUCAGCGAGCUAUUCUACAGAGCGGGUCAGAUCGCAGUGAGUGGUCGUAUAUAGAGGGCGCCACAGCAGCAGAGUAUGCCAAAGAUCUGGCCUGGGAACUUGGCUGUCCCAAUGAUGAUAACUUCCGCCUUGUUCAAUGUAUACAGCUGUACAGAACUGCUGAUGAAAUUGUGAAUGCAUCAGCAAAAGUACCCACACGGAAUGGGUACGUUGGAAACCCCUGGGGACCUACAGUAGAUGGCCCAAUUAACGGCGCUUUCUAUGCCUUCCUCCCAGGAAGUCCCAAAUCUAUGCGAGAACAGGCUUACUUCAAAAAGAUCAAAAUCAUGGCUGGUCUGAACAAAGAUGAAGGGUCGUUAUUUGUCCCUAACCUAAAGACACUAGAGAAUGGAGUAUCUUCAACAGAGUUUGGGAACAUUGUGAAUGAGUUUUUGGUGAAAAGGAACGUGGAAGAUUUGACAGGAACCGGUGAGGCAAUCAAGUUUCAAUAUACCUACUGGCCGGAUCCACAGAACGAAUCAAUGAUUAGGAGUAGGAUUUCAGACAUGAUGUCAGACUACAUGUUCGGGACGGGAUUGGACCAGGUUGUCAAAGUCCAGUCGCUCUACAUCUACCAAAACAUCUACAAAACUAGAUAUUUUUGUAACAGGAAUGUCAGCGAGUAUAUGAUCAGUCUUUGGACAAACUUCUCCUCAAGUGGGGAUCCAACUCCGAGGACAUUUGAUAUGAAAUUUUUUCGCGGAGUCACGUGGGGCGAGUAUAAUUUUUACAACCACAGCUACUUCAGUAUUGGAAAUUUCUCAAAAAAUCUUACGAAUUAUCGGCAGUCUGAUUAUGGUUUCUGGCGGAAAUACUUUCCUCAAAUUGCGAUUCGUCCUUACUAUAUAACAACAUCGAUACCACAGGAAGCAGCCAAGGCAGAGUUCCAAACAGCGACUUGGUCACUGACAGCCGCAUGUGGCCUUCUCGUUAUCAUCUUACUGGCCAUGUGUAUCGUGUUGUACCGUAGACGACCAAAAGACUACUGAGUGUUAGAGAAAUCACCUGACUUAAUAUUUCUGUAUUUCGAUUCCCAGGGUUAUUUUAUCUUAAA